CAGUUCUUGUAGCUAUAUUUGAUUAUAGUCUCGUCUCGCGAUAAAUUCCCCGUAGCAUACGAUACAUAAGAGUAGUAAAUGAUGCUCGUGGUAGUGACGCCAAUCUCGAUCCCUCGCCCUCCAAAACCCGCGCCGGGUACCCGACGAUCGCCGGUAAAGAUAUUGGCCGCGGUGGAAAGAGGGGACAGAACUCCUGGGAUUCUGCCGGCCCUUGAUACCCGGUCCUCCCUUGUUCUAGCCCUCGCCUCUCAAGCAUUUUCCCAAACCCAGCGAGUAUUAGGUGAUUUGGUGGGCGAAACUGCGAAGUAUGCGAUUCCGCGGAGAUUUGAACCCCCCCGUAAUUUCGAGGAAGCUUUGAUGGCAGUUCCGGAUCUUGAGACCAUCAGUUUUCGGCUUGUAAAACAAACUGAUCAAUAUGUGAUCAGAGAAGUGGAGCCUUACCAUGUUGCUGAAACAACCAUACCAGGGAAGGAUGGUUUCAACUUUAGUGGCGCUUCUCAAGCAUUCAAUGCAUUAGCUGCAUAUCUAUUUGGCAAGAAUACUUCAAAUAAACAAAUGGAAAUGACUACUCCUGUCUAUACUCGUAAAGUUCGAUCUGAUGGAGAGAGAAUGGACAUGACAGCACCUGUAAUAACUAAGCAGUCAGGUGAGAAGUGGCAGAUGUCAUUUGUGAUGCCCCGCAAGAAUGGAACUAAUUUGCCGUUACCAAAAGAUCCUUCUGUAACGAUCAAGGUGGUUCCUGGGAAAACUGUUGCAGUUUCAGCUUUUUCCGGUUUUUUGACAGACGAAGAUGUGAAACGCCGGGAAUCGAAGCUACGUGAUGCUCUUAAAAAUGACUUUGAAUUCCAAGUGAAAAGAGGCGCGAUGGUUGAAAUAGCGCAGUAUAACCCUCCAUUCACGCUUCCUUUUACACGCCGAAAUGAAAUAUCAUUGGAAGUUGAAAGGAAAGCAUGAUAGAUGACCACUGGUAUAAAUGGAAACUGUACGUAAACUGAACUUCUAUCUCAUACUGAACAUAUUAUUUUGUAGAAAAUAAAUAAAAAUAAAAAUUACGUAAACAGCAUGCUUUUACACGAAGGCUGUAUAUUUGAUGUAUUUUUUUGUGGAGAUGGCAUAUAACUUAAUAUAUUCGAGACUAUUUGAUAGGCCUCUGUGUGCCCUUUUUUUG